GUGUGGGAGAGGAUGGCCCAUUUGGGAGACUACAAGCAGAUGCCCUGGCUCCCUGUCCUAGUGGUAUCUCUGAUGUGCUCUGCCAGAGCAGAAUACUCCAACUGCGGUGAGAAUGAGUACUACAACCAGACCACGGGGUUGUGCCAUGAGUGUCCCCAGUGUGGGCCUGGGGAGGAACCAUACCUGUCCUGUGGCUAUGGCACCAAAGAUGAGGACUAUGGCUGCAUCCCUUGCCCAGCAGAGAAGUUUUCCAAAGGAGGCUACCAGAUAUGCAGGCGCCACAAAGACUGCGAAGGCUUCUUCCGGGCCACUGUGUUGAUGCCAGGAGACAUGGAGAAUGAUGCUGAGUGUGGGCCUUGUCUCCCUGGGUACUACAUAUUGGAAAACAGACCCAGGAACAUAUAUGGUAUGGUCUGCUAUUCCUGUCUCCUUGCACCUCCCAACACCAAGGAAUGUGCGGGAGCCACCUUGAGGGUCUCUGCCAACUUCCCCAGCACUGCUGGCAGCAGCACCCUCCCUCCUCUCCAGCAUGCCCAUAAAGCAGAGCUCUCAGGCCAAGGACACCUGGCCACAGCUCUGAUCAUUGCCAUGUCCACCAUCUUCAUCAUGGCCAUUGCCAUUGUCCUCAUCAUCAUGUUCUACAUCAUGAAGACAAAGCCUUCUGCCCCAGCCUGCUGCACCAGCCACCCAGUGAAGAGUGUGGAAGCUCAAGUGAGCAAGGAAGAGGACAAAAAGGAGGUUCCAGACAGUGUGGUGAUUUUCUCAGAGAAGGAUGAAUUUGAGAAGCUAGCAGCAGUUCCAGCAAAGAAUGUCAAGAGCGAGAAUGAUGCCUCAUCUGAGAAUGAGCAGCUGCUGAGUCGAAGCAUGGACAGUGAUGAGGAGACUGCCACUGAGAAGCAGGGCUCCGCUGAGCUGUGCUUGCUGUCACUGGUCCACCUAGCCAGGGAGAAGUCUGCCACCACCACAAAAACAGCUGGGAUUCAAAGUCGAAGGAAAAAGAUAUUGGAUAUGUAUGCCAACAUAUGUGGAGUUGUCGAAGGUCUCAGCCCCACGGAGCUGCCCUUUGAUUGCCUUGAGAAGACAAGUCGAAUGCUCAGCUCCACAUACAACUCUGAGAAGGCUGUUGUGAAAACAUGGCGCCACCUUGCUGAGAGCUUUGGACUAAAAAGAGAUGAGAUUGGAGGCAUGACAGAUGGCAUGCAGCUCUUUGAUCGUAUCAGCACGGCAGGCUACAGCAUCCCAGAGCUGCUCACAAAACUGGUACAAAUUGAACGGCUGGAUGCUGUGGAGUCUUUGUGUGCAGACAUACUGGAGUGGGCUGGGGUCAUGCCACCUGUCUCCCAGCUACCCACUACAUCCUGA